UAUUUAUUAUUUCUAGUGGUCCUCAGCUUCUCUUGGGUUGGAGGCCAGAAUGGUAGAGGACGACAAUAUCACGACCACAAUGGUCAUGGUUGGGACAUAAAACUAGCAGUGCCAGGUGAACCUGGUUCAGACUACCCCACUCUCGGUGCUAUUCCCAAAACUUCCUUCUCAUGUGCUGGCAAAGCACCAGGAUAUUACGCCGAUUUGGAAACAAAUUGUCAAGUAUUCAGGAUCUGCACUAUAGGCUCUACUUACGGUUUCCAGUCCUUUCUUUGCCCUAAUGGAACACUAUUCAAUCAAGCUGUAUUCGUUUGUGACUGGUGGAUGAACGUCAACUGUGCAAAGUCAAAGGAGCUCUUUAACAAUAAUAAUGAGAAGUUCGGCAAUUUAAGAUUGGGACCACAAUUAAUGAAAGACAUUAAAAAAAUGCUUACCCAUCCUAUGAGGAGUCCUUAUGAUAAAACAAUAAUGAAGAGCAAUCUUAUUGUUAUGCAAAACUAUAAUCCUCCUUACGGUCAAAUAUACCCGAACGCAGCGUUAUUAGCUAACACUGAUCGAAUCCCUAAAAAUAUUUAUCUUCCAGCCCAAGAAUUACAAAGUCCGAUUCAAAAUGGUAACAGUAAUGAUAUUUUAUUUUCUGCGUCAACACCCCAAUCAUUGUAUUUACCAGCUUCUUUUAAUGAUGUACAAAACACACUUCAAGGAGGAGUAGAAGUGUUUCAAAGACAAAAAGAGUACGAAACGCAAAAUAAUCAAUUCCAAAAGCAACAGCCUAAAAAUAUAAUUGCCAGCAAUGAUUAUGCUUACAACAGCAAAGCAAACAAUAAUAAUUAUUCACAAAUAACACGAACAAUUCAAAGAAAUAAUGCGGUAAAUACACAAUAUGGCCAUAAACCAAAUAUUAAUAUAAACCCUUCUAUAACAAUACCAAAUGAAGUAAAUGGUCAAAGAGGACAACUUAAUCAACAGAAUUCACAAUAUGACAAUGAUUACAGAUUAACUCAUUUCAAUAGUGGGAAACAACAGCAAUAUGCUUCAAAUCAAAAUAAUGCACCUUACACAUACAAUACACCUACUCCAGGAUUUUCUAAUGAAAUCACUAGAAACUCAGAAAUAAAGCAAAAUUUGGUAAGUACCAAAAGUGAUAACGUUCCUCCUACUAUAAUAACAAGAACACUAACAUUUAGUAGACUAGUAAACGAACCAAAACCAGGAAAACCUAAAUCUCGAGUAACUGUUAAAACAUGGAUUGUUAAACCUAAACCAAAAGCUGCUAAAUUGAUACAGUCUAGCUCAGCUCCUUACACGUACGACAGACCUACACGAGCCCCUACUGAGAAACUAACAGAUCCUACUACACCUUAUGUAUAUAGCAAACCUUUAACAACAUAUUCACAGGCUAAAAUAGUCGCAGAUACUGAACAGCCAUAUGUUUACAGCAGACCAACAAUUGCUGCUAAACAGAAAGUUACAAACAAUAGAGAACUAGCAACAUAUCCUCUUCCUACUGUCACUACUAAUCAAAUUUUAAAACAAACAUCUCCAUUACCAACUAAAGCCUCCCGCCUUUAUUUAGUUCCUACCACUUUUAAACCAAUUGCAAAAUUGUAUUUACCGCCCACAGAAAACGAAUCCCCUAACGCUAUAGUUCUAGCUCGUCAAUAUCUUAGCCCUAAUUCCAUACAACAAUCCAAUAACUACCAAAGUGGACAAUUGCGAGUGGCACCGGCUACUUUACCAGCACCUACAUAUACAGUUCCUACUACGGUAACUACGAUAGAUACUAAUAAUAACAACCUAACAUUCACAGAUAUAUUAACAAAGGAAAAAUUAGAUAUAACAGUAAAUGAUAUAGUAAAAGAUACGAGUAAAUUUUUAAGUACUGCACCUUCAGGGCAAUAUGGCCAAUAUAAACAAGAUAUUACAAAGUUUGAUGACCCUGAAGAAAGUUAUCUUCCACCAGUAGAAAGCUUUGAAAGUGUUGAAAAUUUUACUGGACAGAUUCCAACUAUUGCGCCAUCUAGUUCGAGACUUAUUCUAAGUCCUUCAGUAGAUUUAGAACCUCCCGAAGAAUCUUAUGAUAUUAAUCAGAAUAAUAAUGAAUUUUCUAGCCUACCAUUUUUAAAAGAACCUCCAUUUUCAGCAAACACAAUUGAAAGAACAGUUUCUUUAAAAAUAUCAAUACCAGAAAAAGUGGCCUCUUAUUUAUUCAAAAGACGCAAUGAAAGUAACUUUGAUAGGUUAGAAAUAUUAAAUACCGGAAGUAGUAAUUAUUUAGUAUUAACAAAUAAUCCUCUAGCUAAAAGCAGUGGCACAAAUUUUAUUCCUAUUGGUAAACUGAUUGAAAAUAAAAACUCGAGUAUUUCUAAUUCACAGGCACUGGUAUUCUCACUUUUGGCUGACUCCAUCAAUAUAGCAAAGGAAUAUAAUAAUCUCGUGCAGCAGAACAAGUUACCUACACCUAUGGAAACACAGUUCCAAAAUGUUAACAAUGAGCAACUGUCGCAAAUCACGAAUAGUAUAUCUCAACUUACAUCAUCACAUUAUUCUGGAAAUAACUAUAACAAUUUAAAAAAUGCAAAAAUUAUAUCUACACCACAGUCUACUUCAAAUACAGGCUAUCAAUACAGGGAAUUGACAGAACAGGUUAUACAAAAUCAACAAAAGAAUCCGAAUGACUUUUUGCCUUUAACUACAUCAACUCCUCAAUUAUCUAAUCAAAAUUUGUUCUUGACGCAAUAUGAAAAUGGACAAAAUAACUUAAAUGCAAAUUAUCAAUCAACUGUACCUAAUCAAAAUCAGAUAUACAGUGGACAAUUGUAUCAGCUACCAGUACCAGAUGUAACUGAACAAAUAUACAAUAGACAAAGCUUUAGCCAAAAUUCAGGAAAUUUUAUACAGUCCAGUAAUACUCAAUUACCAAUCUCAAAUUUAAAUAAUAAUAUCCGGACAACUAGUACAGAAAUUGAAACAGUUAAUUCAAAACCUGUGCCAGCUAGAUUACAAUUACCGUCACCUAAUGAGGCAGAUAAUAUUCAAGAAACUAUUAACAAGUAUCUUGGUGCUGAUAAUACAAUAUCUGCACAGAUUCAGGACAAAAUUGUAGGUACUAUUCCUCAUCCAUUGGAAGAUAAUAAAUCAGUAAAUUAUGAGAAAGAUCAAACUUAUAUCGUGUAUAGUAAAGCAAGUAACGGUAAUGGCCAAACUAAUCCUUUUGCCAUCCAAUCGACUCCUCUGGAGGCAAGCCGGCAAGUCACAAAUAUACCUAAUCGAAUAACUUUUCAGUUCAUUCCUUCUAUAGGAUAUCAAUUAGAAAACGUUAAGCAGCAACAAAAAAAUACAAAUGCUAUUCAAAUUAACGAAUUUGAUAACCCUAGAACCAAAUCAGGCCAAAUUAUUAACUUAGAUACAAAACAAAAUAUUAUAGCUAGUGAUAUAAAUUAUACAGUCGAUCAUACAUCCUCUGACAACCAAAUCAAAAGUGAAUAUAAUAAUAUUAACAGUCUAUAUGCCGGGCCAUCUUCAUAUUCUGCACCUCAGUCAACUAUAGGGAAUUUAGUACAAAAACAAAAUGUAAAUUCGAGAUUAGAACUCGAUGAUAAUAAUGGUUAUUCUAAAAUAAUACCUGAGCGUCCAUUUGUGGUCUAAUUAAUGAAACAUACAGGUAAUAAGUCAAGAAUUUAAUGUAAUAUUUGCAUUAUGCGUGUUGUUAGAUAUAUUAAUAAUGUAAAUAAUUAGUAACUAGAUGG